AUGGUUCCAGGCACAGCUCGACUCAGUCUGACUUUUCUCACGUCCCUCUGCGGGGAGAAUCUGCUGGGCGUGGGCGUGAUCAGCUGCUUAUCAUCGCAGCUUCAUGGGGAGCCGUGGCAGAGAGGCAUUCUGGGCGUUCUGAUCCCAGGUUUUAAAUGGUUUGGGAGCCUUACCAAUCUGUCCCAACGUCACCCCCCAGAGAAGGCCAGUAACAAAGCAGUCCCACAUCUGAAUGAGAGCCUCUGUGGAGCUGGAGCAGCAGAGGGGGGGCAGUCUGUAGACGACAGGGACUCGAGCCCCUGCAGCUACGCCCUCUUCGCCCACGUGGCCUCGGUGCCCCUCACACAGAAGAUCUUCAGAGUGAAGGAGAAGACAGCCCAGGAGGAGAAGCAGGAAGGGCCGAGCCAGUGGAAGGCGGGGGAACAUGUUCGAGACUCCCCCCUGCUCGGUGUCCUCUCCGCUCUCAGUUUGACAGCUAUGGAGCAACCUCAGCGCGUUUUGGCUCAGCCGCUGCCCCCCGCACCCAACCGGCCCUCACCUUUGACCUCUGCUCCUGACAGCUGCCUCAGGGAGCUGCCCGUCCUCAGCCACGAGACUCGGAGCUGCAAAGCUGCUGCAGGACCUGAACGAGAUCCUUCAGACAUGACGAGCUGCAGAGCAGCUUCCAAACAGGACGUCUAUGUGCCAAUGGACCCCAUAUCUGACAGGACCCGGACCCGGACCCAGACCCAGCCCCACCCCCAGACAGCGAGGCAGCCACCUGAACAGGAAACCAACAAAACUGCAACCACCUCACAGGAAGUGUGGAGUGGUGACAGGUGUUCAAAAGUGACAGACAGCGGUGGAGAAUAUGUGAAAUUCUGCAAAGAGAAGUUCUGGUUGGAGCCGCCAUCGGAGAAACUGAGAAAGGAGCUGGAGGAGGAGCUGAAGCUGAGCGGCACGGAGAUGAAGAGCCACGCCUGGUACCACGGACGCAUCCCCUGGGAGGUUUCAGAGACUCUGGUUCUGAACCACGGAGAUUUCCUCAUCAGGGACUCACAGUCCAGUCAGGGCGACUUCGUCCUCACCUGCCGCUGGGAGCAGAGAACUCUUCAUUUCCUCAUCAGGAAGACGGUGGUUCUGUCCGCUGAGAAGUACACCCAGGUCCGGUACGGCCUGGAGGGCGAAGCCUUUGACUCGUUACCAGCUCUGGUUCAUUACUACGUGGGCAGUCGGGCGGCUCUGACCCAGAGCAGCAGAGCUCAGAUUCACCGACCGGCGAACAGGAUGCUGCCCAUCCGUUUCCUGGAGGCCACCUUCUGCACGGCCGUCAGCCCCCACCCCCACCCGAGAGGGCUGAAGAGUGGAGUGGAGGGAGGGGAGAGGGUCCGACCCAGCAGUCCGUCACGUCUCCAACGCAAAAGGACAGAAGUCUCUGGUCAACCUGAGGGUCCGUGUCUGACGAAAGAUGGAGAAUCCUGCAGCUUCUCUCCAAACGACCGCCUCUCACCAUCUCGAAGCCCCCACAGCAGCCAGGCAGCCGAUGUGACACCAUUUCCAAACCGUUCCUGGUGCUCAGACACAACCAGAUCUAUGUCCUCACCGAGCAGCACUCUGCACAGAAAGCAUCUCAACGUACCUCAUCUGGAGCAGGACGCCCCCUCCUCUGACAAAGAUGGAAGCUGCUACACCGAGCUGUACCCUCAGAGCUACGUGGAGCGGCUGCAGGCAGAGGAAGGCUCGUCCAGCUCUGACCCGCUGAGGACGGACGAUGUAACUGCGUCCUUCUCACCGGUGGUGGAGACGGUCUCUUGCUUCAGACCCAGCAGGUACCUGUCAGCGCUGAUGUCCAAAGAGAACAAGCCUCUGGAGGUGAACAUCUUGCGGAGCAUGAAGGAGCUGCUGGUUGAGGUCAACCCCAGAACGGCGGCCCAGCACAUCACCAUGACGGACUGCUUGGUGGGGCGAAUUUUGCAGGUGACUCCGGAGAUGCAAAGGAUGAUGGGAGUUAGUUCUGGGAUGGAGCUGCUCACGUUGCCACAAGGCCAACAGUUAAGACUGGACCUGCUGGAGAGGUUUCAGACCAUGGCCAUCAUGUUUGCAGUAAACCUGCUGGGCUGCACGGGGACGACUGAAGCUCGGGCCGCUCUGCUUCAUAAAAUCAUCCAGAUGGCCGCAGAGCUGAAGACCACCAUGGGCAACCUGUUCGGCUUCGCUGCCGUCAUGAAAGCCUUGGAGCUGCCGCAGGUGUCUCGCCUGGAGCAGAUGUGGACUGCGUUACGGCAGCGACACACAGACGGAGCCGUUCUUUACGAGAAGACUCUGCGACCGUUCCUGAGGAGCCUCAAUGAUGGAACAGAGACCUGUCCACCGUGCAACACCACCUUCCCCCACGUCCUCCCCCUCCUCACCCUGCUGGAGAAGAGCUUGGCAGUGGGUGAGGGGACGGAGCCAUGGGAGACGGUGGAGGUCAGCGUGGAUGUGGUCAUGUUCCACCUGGGGGCGGCGAGGACCAUGGCUCAGCUGGGAGGCCUCUACCGCUCCAAUGCUGAGAGCAAAUUACGAGGCUUUCAGGAGCAGGCGGAGGUCAGGGAGAUCUUCCUGACUGACUUCCAGAUGAGACUGCUGUGGGGGAGCAGAGGAGCCCAAGAGAACCAGGCACUGAGGUUCUCCAAGUUUGACCAGGUGCUAACCGCCUUGUCCAAUAGGUUGGAGCCACCGCUCAAGAGACCCUGA